AUGCUUGCUGCUAAGGUAUCUCCUCCAAUCCCUCGUUGUUUUCCUGCUCCGCAAGUAGUCACUUUAGAAGAAGAACCUGAUUCUACAAUGGAUGAACAACCAACAGAAGUUGUUGCUUCUGAGAUGGUUGAAUUUGAAAAGUCUUCUGCUGAAGAUGAUACUCCUUAUGGGAUUGUGAAGAUUAUUGUUGCUACAAAGAUGCCACCUAGAUUGAAUGAAACUUUAAAAGAGUUGAAGAUGAAAAACAUCAUCAUCCUACAACGUCUUGACAAGCAAGACCAAUGGAUUGGAGAGCAUUCUUACCUCUCCCAUUUAAUGAAGGGAAUCAUAGUAAGGUUGUCUCCUCCUCCUCCUCCACCAAACCCCUAG